AUGGCCCUGACUCGGGCAGGGGCUGCUGUUGCCGGCCUAUGCGCGCUGGGUAAGCUGCCUUCGGCAGCUGGGGGCCUUGUGACUUAUUCAUGUGAUCCCUGGUGGAGCUGCUUCACCAGCUCAGAAGAGGAGGAAGACUGCUUCAAAGGGAGGUCGGAAAGUUCAUGUUGCAAAGCUUCGCAGCUUAUAGGACGAAUGAUGGACGUGGACAUGGAGGGAGAUAAAUUCGUCGACCCGGCUCACAUGCGAGAUGUCUGCCUCCAGUUGCUAGAGUUUCCCAGGGCUUCUGAUAAGGUGGAGGCACAUCUAACGAAAUGCUCGCGUGGUUUCAUUGGAAAUGCAAUGCUGUCUGGCGUCGUACUUUCCCUUGCAGAGCCUGGCAACAACCGAACAUGCUCGAAGGCAUGGAUGCGGGCCAGAUAUCCAAUGGAUCCUGCACGAGAGAAGUCCGACUACGAUUUUGGGUGGUUCCGACUGGAGCCAUGGCACUCCACUUAUUUUCACCACUUCCAGGCACCCGUCGCUUCGAUGUUGGAGUCGCUUGCCGAGCACACGGUUAUCUGCAGAGGCCUUGGCCAUGUCUGUUCGGCUUUCAAUCCCUGGGAGCCGAAAGUCUGUUUCGAUCACCAUCCUGUGGUUCAGCAAUGGUCACCUCAGUGCACAGAUGCUGGUAAAUUCCAGAUCUACCAAGAUCGGACAAAUCGAGGCAAGUUCAAAAUCCUCAACAUCAAGCAGAAUCGGAGCACGGAAAGAUCGGGGCGCAUUGUAGAGGACUGGCUGGGUGUUCUCCAUGAGGUUUGGGAGAAGCCUUAUUAUGAUUGCCUGCAGCAAGCUGAGCUGACACGUUUUCUGGAGCGUGAUGGGAGGCUGCCAUGGGGGCCCUUGCCGGGGGAGGAUUACUUUGAAACCAUCUCACUGCUGGAAGCAGUCACAGCAGCGAAAGAUGACUUCGUUGUGGUUGAAGCAGGUUCAUUCAGGGGCUUUUGGGCCCUCAAGGCGGUAAAAGCCUAUAGGAAAAAGUCUCCGGAGGUCGGUUCAUGCCACAUCGUUCUGAUCGAGCCCGAGGUUUCCACCACGUCUACCAUCCAGGGCCUGCUGCGCAAUGAUAUGUACCGUUCAUGCAAUGUUUCCAUGUACCAGGCCUUUGCUACCGGACCUUUGCUUGACUCCCUCUUGCGCGCAUUCGGGAAGAUCAACCUGGUGCAUGUAGACAUCCAGGGGGCUGAACUUGAGCUGUUGCAGCAGAGCCAGCUCUUGACCAAUAUCCAGCACCUGCACAUUGGAACACAUUCGAGCAUCAUCCACAGACACUCGAGAGCUUGGCUUGUGAGCCAUGGGUUCACUCUUGAUUUCGAUUAUGCACCACGUACCUUUGUUUCCACACCCUUCGGGCCAGUUGUGUUUGAUGAUGGUGUUCUGGCUGCACGGCAAAAGGAUCGCCUUACAUGUGAGUUGUUCUAA